ACACUAUUGUGGACGGAAGUGAGCUGGCUCAGUGAACACAAUUCUUUUUAUACUAAAAAAAUUUUUUGCUUAAGAAAGCUAACAAGUCGGCGAUGGACACAAUGAAUAAAAAAUAACUUUCGAGAACGUAUACAAAAUUUCAAGGGGCCCCUGAAAUGUGCAUUUAGAAUUCUGAGGCCAUUCCAGUAGAGGCGAUAGUUACACAAUCCUUCUGUUGAAAGCAAAGAUUUAGGUGGCGUUAGGCGGCUGACACACAGUAAUUACCAGAGCACUGGCGGCUGCAGACAGGUGGGGGCUGGGCCUCCAGAAACCCCCGCAGCGUUUUCCUGUAAUCUGGAUGAGUGAUCUCCAAACGUGUGCUUUCAAACUACUUAAAUACCAUAUUCUUCUUCCUAUCUGGCCUUUCGGUUUUACUUCGCCCUGCACGCUUCCUCUGCGGUCUUGCCCGAGCUUGUAGGGCGCUCCGGGACGCCACAUACCGACGGGCCGGGGGGCCCCGGGAGCGCCAAGCAGGGUUUUCUAAAAAUGGGCUUCACAUUUUGGGGGGUCGAUUUCCUUAAUCCAGGUGAAGUAAGAACACAUGGAUUUGAUUUCAAUCCUCUAGAGAUCAAAAAUGAAAAAUCAGAAGAUUAUCUGCCAGUAAGUUAGAUUUCUUAAAAAUUAGAGCCCCCCCUCGUUCUUAAUCCUGUAUCUCUGAGUGACUGAUCCAGAAAAAGGAUGCUUGACUCUUUGAAAUAAUAUUUGAAACCUAUUUAAGUCUCUGCCUAAUGUACAAGCAGCCGGCUCUAGGAGGGUAGAAAGCAGAGGACCAGUAGCCAGGACCAACCGCACUUUGUCACUGAAACAUUACUGCUGGCUCUCCGUUUCUUGCUGCGUGAAAAACAAACAGUAAACAUGUGCAGUGUACUUUUUUGGCUCUGUAGCUUAAAAAAAAAAAAAGACUGUGCCUUAAUCAUCGUAUACAUUGGAUAUUGACGAUGGUAAAAAUCAGCUGAGGAUCAAACGGUAAUUCGCCCAGCAAGCAUUCACUCACUUCUUGAGCGCUUCCGAUGUUCCAGGCGGUGAUGGCCGGGCCCCAGCCUCCUUCCUGGACUUGAAGUCCAGCGAGGGACAGAUUUGUCCACAACAAGACAAAAUGGCCUGCGUCCCCCCCCGCAUGGAUGUGUCGCUUGCCUGAGUCCCCCCAGUUCUCGGGGGGCGGCACGUGCUUGGAGAGGGAGCAAGAAAGCCUCUCCAGGUGUCUGUGCCCGUUCCAGGAGGGCUCACAGAUCGUGUCCUGGUGUGUACAAGGAAAACAAGCCUCGACUGACUGAGCAGACCGGAGUACAUGAAGAACGCGGAGACGGGUGCUGAUGCACACUUCCAGAAAGAGGGCGCGGGGCCUGGGGGACUGCAGACGCAGGACGUGGGACAGGGGAGGGCCCUCACACUGAGACCCUGCCGGAUGGAGAAAGGCUUUACUUCUCUUCUCUAAUCCUUGCCUUGCAGCAAAUCCCCAGGCACUUGGUACAGAAGAAUGUGAAGAAUGUGCCUUUAAGUUUGUCUUUCUAGAGGGAGGAGGAAGCUGUCCAGGCCUCCGAAGCUAGUGGCCUUGCAGAACUUGAUUUUUACAGAAUAGUGGAAAUUAGCGUGGUCCCCUGGAACUCCUUCUUUAUUCUUGAACAGGCAGCAGCUGGAGAAUUGGUCCUCCUGGGGCCAGGCCUGGAAUCGAGCGUGCAGGCAGAUGCCGGGCUGGAGGGUCACUGGGGCCGCUGUAGGAUCUCGUUCUGUCGAGGUGCUGGGUUGUAGUGAACGCCCGUCCAGCAGUACUGAGCGCAGUACUCUCUGGGAUUGCGUUGUUGGCUUGGGGGACAGCUGAGCUGCAUGGCCACGACCUCGGCCCCUGCAAGGUCGGGUGGGGUGAGAGAACCGUGUGCUGGGGACAGGUGGGCGCGAGGGGUCAGGCAGCCGUCCGGCCGCACGUCAUCACUCAUUCGGCUGAAAACAUUUCAAAGCUUUGGAUAGGAUUCCCCCCGCAAAAAAAUUGUUGAUUAAAGCACCAUUGUGAGAAAUGAGAAUUAGCUUGUGCAAAACUGUCAGAAUCAAGUGAACGUCUGUAACUAAGGCUUUCUGCCCAGCACCCCCCGAAAUUCCCGAUGCGAGCUAGCUGUGGGCGCUGCAGAGUUGUUCAUGCUGUCCUCUUACCCCCCGCCCCCAGGGAACGCAAGCUGCUGGUUGGUGACAGAGCCCCAGGCGCCCCCAGCGAGGAGCCUCCGGAGAAAGGCAUCAUGUCCACGGCAGGAGUUGCUGCCCAGGAGAUUCGAGUCCCGUUGAAAACCGGGUUUCUGCACGAUGGCCGGGCCAUGAGGACCGUGAGGGCCUGCUGGGGCGGCCGCAGCGAGUUUGAGGAUCACUUUUUGAACAUCGACCCGAUAAGCAUGGCCUACAGCCUCAACUCUUCGGCCCAGGAGCACCUCGCAUCCCUUGGGCGCACCACGACAUCUGCGCCAAGGAGCAGCGGCCACUUGGCGGAAAACGGCCCCUCCCAGAAGCCCGGCGUGGCCCCUCUGGUCCUCCCCCCGGGCGAGGAGGAGUGCAUGGCGUGCGGCUUUAAGAGACUCUCGGUGAACGGGGUGUGCGCCUCUCCCCCUCCGCUCACACCCAUCAAGAGCCCCCUUUCCCCCUUCCCCUGCACGGCGCUCGGGGAGCGCGGCUCCCGGCCCCUGCCGCCGCUGCCCAUCUCCGAAGACCUGGCCCUGGACGAGACUGACUGCGAGGUGGAGUUCCUGACCAGCUCGGACACGGACUUCCUCCUGGAGGACUGCGCGCUCUCUGGCUUCAGGUACGACGGUCCCGGCAGGCGGAGCUUCCGCGGGUGUGGACAGAUCAACUACGCGUAUUUUGAUUCGCCGGCCGUCUCCGCGGCAGACCUGAGCCAGGCGCCCGACCUGGACGGACCUGUGCCCAGCUCGAAUCCUCCUCCGCCUCAGAGCCACCGCAGGCUGAGAAGGUCUCAUUCGGGACCAGCCGGCUCCUUCCACAAGCCGGCCAUCAGGAUAUCCAGCUACAUCCACAGGGCCUCUCCGAACUCCGACGAGGACAAACCCGAGGUGCCCCCCAGGGUCCCCAUACCUCCUCGGCCCGCGAAGCCCGAUUACAGAAGGUGGUCGGCGGAGGUGACGUCCAGCACCUACAGCGACGAAGACCGGCCUCCCAAAGUGCCGCCCCGGGAGCCGCUGUCACGGAGUAACUCCCGCACGCCGAGCCCCAAAAGCCUCCCGUCUUACCUCAAUGGGGUCAUGCCCCCCACGCAGAGCUUUGCCCCCGACCCCAAGUAUGUGAGCAGCAAAGCUCUGCAGAGACAGAACAGCGAAGGGUCCGCCAGUAAGGUCCCUUGCAUCCUGCCCAUCAUUGAGAAUGGGAAGAAGGUGAGCUCCACACACUAUUACCUGCUCCCUGAGAGGCCGCCGUACCUGGACAGGUUCGAGAAGUUUUUCCGGGAAGCAGAGGAGACCUCGAGCCCCCAGACCCAGCCGCUGUCCGCCGACUGCAGGACGGCCUCGGCCGCGGAAAAGCUGGACUCCAAGACGAGACUGGAUGCGGGGGGCCACGGGAAGCGGAAACACUUGUCCUACGUGGUUUCCCCUUAGGCUUCGGGGUCGCGGUUCGGUGGGGACCCCGUAGGGGCAAAUGGGUCCCCAGCCGCUCUCCAGGCCGGUUGAGGCUCAUGGGGAGAGGUCUCGAAUCGCAGAAGAAAACGGUGGAGCCCUCGUCCGUCUUGGGAAGGGUGGGGGGCGGUCGUGGGGCGAGCUCAGGCUGUGGGUCCCUGAUUGUGGGGGCGUUGGAGGAAAGUCUGUCAUGGUCCCUAGUGGAAAGGCGGCCGGGGACCCUUCGCCACGUGCACCCACGAUGGGCCUGUGCAGAGACUCGUGCUGCCCCAUAGGCCGCAGCUGCGGGUUAACCCAUUAGUUGCUGCCUUAGAGUAAUAUAUAUUCAGAAUGGCAAGGUGGUAAUGCUAAGGGGGGAGGGGGGACUCCCGAAUGAAAAUUGAGCAACUGGAAGAAAACACAGUAUUGUUUAGAUCAGAAUCAUAAAAAGAAAAAAAAUUUUUUUUUUUUUUGGCUUAGUAACUUUGAAACAGGCUCUCAGGCCUGCGAUGGAUGUUCUGCUUUAAACUGCGCAAGCAGCCUUUGUCCCCGAGGGCGGGACGCACGUCCCUGCCACAGCCCCUCCGGCCCAGCGGUAGGUCGUCCUGCCGCCACCGGGUCCUCCCUGGCUCUGUUUCCUGUCUCGUCCCAGGACGGUGCUGUACCCGGGCGUGCCCCGCCUCUCGAAAGACGAGAAGCUAACGGAACUCGUACGUCAUUUUUCCCUAGGGUCCCUGCUCUCUCCUGCCCGCCACGGUGGCCCGGUCUGGCGGGUGCCUCACUCCCCCGGACCAGCGGACCGGUCGCCAUGGCUCAGGGUGUCCGCCGGCAGCGAGCGUGACCCCGCUGGCCACAUGACCAAGUCACGGGUGGCGGGGGUGGCAUGUGUGUGUUUCUGUGUCCGUUUUUGUCGACUGUGUGAAUGAACACGGACAACGCAAGCUGGCCUUGUGUUGCUGGUUCCCGUUCAGUAUUUCCUGGGGGCUGUUUGCUUUCCACGUAAAACACUUCUGCCCAGUAGUGCGGUGUGUCAGUGCCACAGGCCGCGGCCGCGGCGUUCUGCCUCGGGGACUCUGCCGGUCGCCGCGUCCCUCGAUCCGGCGCCGCGUGUGUGUCGUGUGGACGGGCGCGAGCGACCAGGUGCUGACUAACGGAGGUGCAUUACUGCAAUGUUCUCUUAACAGUUACGCUGUUUACAGUUCAAACUGCUGAAUGACAUUAUCGAGCUAUUUGGAGCUUGUACUUAGUAUGAACUACAUGAAGGUUAAGACACGCUUUAGAAAAAUGCACUGAUUUCUGCAUUACGUGUACAGUGUUGGACAAAGGAUUUUAUUCAUUUUUGUUGCAUUAUUUUGAAUAUUGUCUUUCCAUUUUAAUAAAGUUAUAAUACUAUUUAUGACACCGUUA